AUAAGUUUCGCCAAACCCCCUUUCCUUGACCUCCUCUCAGCAUUUCGUCCCCGAGUUUUGACAAAGUCUAGAUCCAACAUAUUCCAUUGCUGCAGGAGUAGGAACCGAAACGGCCCACCAUGCAGCUGAAACCCUGGACCGCCUUUCUCGGCGUCACGGCUAUAGCCAUCCAAGGCACCGCAGCCACGGAAGACAAUGCGCAGAACGGUACGAUCAUCACCGUCCUCGGGCCAACGAAGCUCCAAGAGCCCGUGGGAGAAUCCUUCCUCGCCUGCCUGAACUACACCAGCACCGAUGAGAGUGGCACCCCAUACAUGCUCUACAUAGACCAGGGAGCAACGGUAGUGCACCCCUCCAGCAACCGGACCAUCGACUUCGAGGGUCCCGACGAGCCGCUGCUCGGAUGCAUGCAGCACUUCGCGAGCAACAUGUCCCUGGUGGCGGAGGAUUGGACCGUGGUGCACGAGUACGACACGGGCAGCAUUCCCGCGGCCCGGGCCAAUGUCUCCUGGCUGGUCGAGCAGGGCGCGCAGGGUCUGCACCCCGUGGGUACGAAGCUCGCCGGCAUCUCGUCGCUUCCAUCAUCCGAUGCCAACGAGACGGAUACCACGACGACGACCCUGGAGGCGCGGGAUGGCGACCAGGCAAGUAGUAGUCAGCUCGCGGCGAGAUCGUUCUCGCACUACUGGGCCUUCCUGUCUGAUUACAAGAAAUGUGCCAGUGAAGACUUUCAGGUGAAAUACGCCGGCGAGUGUCACAACUACAACUCCAAGUUCAAGAGCGUGCAGUUCGAGAAUCCCUCGGGGUCGUUGUGGUUGGAGAUGGAGAUCUGGCCCAAUCAUCGCUGUAUCAAGGGGAACGGGCGGAAGAUGGUGAUUUAUCCGCUUGAAAUGAGUGAGUGCCAUACGCGGGAUACCUACUCGCUUUUUGGACGGUUUAGAGGCAAGAAAAUUGCGCUGGCGUGGUUGUCAAGUUCGAGCAACCUAUGAGCUUGAUUGAUGGUUUAGCAAGGAGGGCCUGCCGUGACUAUUUCUAUCUUUCUUUCUUUCUUUACUGCUUCCAGUCUGAUGUACAGGUCUUUUCGUGAAUGUCGAG